AUGCCGCUCCUCGAUUCCCACCUGGAGCAGAUCGCUCUGUCCUCAAAUGCCAUUGCCGACCUCCCCUUCCCUCCGCCCCGCAUCUUCACCAACGCGCUGCUGGGCUCCCACGACAUCACAGCUCUAAUUCGCGACACCGAGGCCCAUGAACACAUCCCAAAGACGUGCCACACGCCGGGGCACGACCUUCUCCCCGAGCUCGAGUCCGAGUCCAUGGCCAGUCGCAUCUACUCGACACGCAACAAUCGCAACCACUCCGCCGUGGCCCGGGUGUUGGGGUCGGACAUGAUGGAAGAGAUCAAGCGCUCGGCCGGCACGUCAACCCGCGGCCCGCGCGGGGAGGUCAACAUUGAAGUCCUUCUUCAAGGUGCAGAGAUGCUCUGCAAUGUUUAUCCCGUGGAUGAGGCACCAGAGAAGAUUGCCAGCCUUCGAUAUCGCCACGGAAUGAUCACCGAGUCCAUUGCUCGACUGGAGGAUCGGGUCGCGACCAACACCGCCGAGUUGGCGCGAAUGAGCCAUGGGUACGGCGACGACGAUGAUGAUUAUGAUGUUCCUGUGUCGCAGCCGGAGGCCCCGGAUGUGACGGAUGAAGAGAUCCAGCAAGAGCUAGCUGAGAUUCAGGAGCUCGAGCUCAAGAAACGGGCAUUGGAGGAACGAGUGACCGGCAUGGAACGAGAUCUCGGUGGGCUGAUGGGCUGA